GGGCAGCACAUUCCGCUCAGUGUUCCUCUCUCUGGGAAAGACGUGUGAACACAGCACCUUACACAUGUGGAUGCUUCUGAGGGGUCCUGUGCCCUAACCUGUUCUUCACUACACAGCUGGCACCAGGUACUUUGCUCCAAGAUGCUAAGAAAUGUCCAUGCUACCUCAGUACUAAUAUUCAUCUUUGGAUUAGUGCAAACCAGCCUGGAACAAUGUGAGGAUGCGGCUCAGAUGUCAGAGAUGAAUCUGGAUCUAAAAUACAACUUUCUGUCCUUCACCGCUGACACGCCAGUACAAAAUUUUCUCCAGCACAAAGGCUUUGUAUAUGUGGGAGCUGUAAAUAAGAUUUAUGUUCUCAAUGAAAACCUCACUAAGGUAUCUGAGUACAAAACUGGUCCUGUACUACUUCAUGGAAACUGUGCGUCACCAUGUGAAGGAUGCCUGAAUGAGAUACCUUCAUCAAAUGGCACCUUUAAAGACAAUGUCAACAUGGCUCUGCUUUUCGAAGACUUCUAUGAUGAUCAGCUUAUCAGUUGUGGAAGUGUAAACCAAGGAACAUGUCAACGACACAUGCUGGACCCUGAGAAGCCUUGGGACAUAACAAGUGAUGUCCAUUGCCUAUACUCUACUCCAGUUACAAACUUCACAGGUGCCUGUCCAGACUGUGUUGUCAGUGAGCUGGGAAGCAAAAUUCUAGUUACAGUAAAGGACAGAUUUGUCAAAUUUUAUGUAGGAAAUACUUUAUCUAAGUCACAAUCCAAUUUUCAUUCCUUGUCAGUCAGGAGACAGAAAGAAACACAAGAUGGCUUUGAGUUCUUCACGGAUCAUUCCUAUUUGGAUGUACUCCCUCAGUUCAGAGAUUUAUAUCCCAUCCGAUACAUCCAUACAUUUGAAAGUGGAAAUUUUAUUUACUUUUUGACAGUACAAAGAGAGUCCCUGAUGUCUCCAGCCUACCACACUAGAAUUGUUAGAUUCUGUUCUUCAGAUCCAGAGCUGCGGUCAUAUAUUGAGAUGCCUAUAGUUUGUAUUUAUACAGAAAAACGCAGAAAGAGAUUGGCAGACCGAGAGUAUUUCAAUAUUUUACAGGCUGCGUAUGUAAGUAAGGCGGGUAAGACCUUGGCAAAAGAGUUGGGUUUCAAUGAAACGGAAGAUAUCCUAUAUGCUGUAUUUGCUCAGAGUAAUACCGACUCUGCUGAAGCAUCAAACAGAUCUGCUCUGUGUGCAAUGUCUAUAAACAUGAUUAAUGACUUUUUUGACAAUGGUGCAGAAAAAAACAGCCAGUGUCUGGAGCAUUUCUAUGGAAGAGACAACUACCAAGCAUGCACCCAAAAAGCUUAUUUGAAGAAUGUCUCCCAGUGUUCAUCACCAAUUGAAGAGAAUAGGUUUGAAGUUACCUUGCCAAUCCAGCGCCUUGAUUUAUUAAUGGGCCAGUUUAACAACGUGUUACUGACAUCCAUUUCUGUUUUCAUACAAGGGGAUCUUACCAUUGCCAAUCUAGGCACAUCGGAGGGACGUUUCAUACAGGUUAUUGUUUCCCGUUCUACUCAUGCUCAACCCCAUGUUGAUAUUCCACUUGAUACCCGUCCUGUUUCUCCAAUAAUAGUUAUCAAUGGGACAUCAAAGAAUAAUGGAUAUAUCUUAGUGAGCACAGGAAUGAAGAUAAUAAAGGUUCCAUUGACAGGUCUUGGGUGUGAACAGCACAGGUCCUGCAGCAAUUGCAUCUCAACACCUGCAUAUAUGAAGUGCGGCUGGUGUAAAGACCACUGUUCCACAAAACAGGAUUGUUCAAGUGAAGAAUGGACUCAAGAAAUCUGCUCUCCAGUUGUGAGCAAGAUCUUUCCAGUAGCUGCUCCAAUAGAUGGUGGCACCCCCUUAACUAUAUGUGGAUGGGACCUGGUUUUCAAAAAGGAUAAUUUUGGGUUUAAGCAAGCUUCAGUCCUUAUUGGAAAGAGUGUUUGCAAAAUAGAUGGAAAAAACAGCAAACAAAACAAGCUGGUCUGCAAAUUAGGCCAAGAAGUUACUGCCGGAUUUAAUAUAAGCAGCAGUGUGUCAAAUGGAAGGAAGGCUGCCAAUUUUAACACUUUCUCUUUUGUGAAUCCUUUGAUAGAAAGCAUUACACCAAGCUAUGGACCACAGUCAGGAGGAACGCUACUUACCUUGAAAGGACAUUACUUGAACAGCGGAACAGACAGAAAGGUGUAUAUUGGUGAUGACAUCUGUACCAUCAGGAGUGUAUCCAAUACCGCCAUUGAGUGCUAUACCCCAAGAAAAAAAAGUAACUCCUAUCAUGUUAUGCUGAAAAUUGACAAUGCUCGUCGUGAGACAAAGACGGUAUUUACAUAUAGAGAUGAUCCGACCAUUUCUAAGAUAUACCCGACCAAGUCUUUUCUCAGUGGAGGAAGCACAAUAAUCGCACAUGGAAUGAACCUGAAUGUAGCAGCUUCUUCCCAAAUGGUGAUCCAGCUAUCCAACCUGCACAUACAGUACAAUAUGACCUGUGUCCAUAGAUCAUCAUCUGAGCUAACCUGCUCUUCAACCCCAUCCUUGAAAGGACUAAGCCUGAAGCCACCAAUUGUAACCCAAGCUCAUUUCGUUUUCGAUGGAGCCAUAUCUACUACCUUUGAAUUUAUUUUUGUACAUAAUCCUAUAUUUAAAUCAUUAGAUAAACCUUUGGUGAUUUCAAUGGGAAAUAUCCUAGAAAUUAAGGGAGAUAAUAUUGAUUCUGACGCAGUAAGAGGAGAAGUGCUGAAAGUGGGUAACAAGAGCUGCGAAAUUAUUCAAUCCAAAUCAGAUUUUGUCUCUUGUGCUGUUUCUAGUGACUUGAUCAGAAGCAACAGUGAGCUGAAAAUAGAGCUCCUGCAGGAAGCCUCCUCCAUUGUCAUUGGGAAGGUAAAAAUCCAACCAAACCACAAUUACACAGGAAUUGUUACUGGGAUUGUGUCCUGUCUCUUGCUGCUAUCGAUUGUACUAGGGAUUUUCAUAUGUGUAAGAAAGAAAAAACAGCGCAAAGAUAUAGGCAGUGAGCGAGUCCUAUUUGAUGGCAGGGUACAUACACCUCAUUUAGAUAGACUUGUGAGUGCAAGGAGUGUAAGUCCUACAACUGAAAUGGUAUCCAGUGAAUCUGUGGACUACCGGUCUACAUUUCCAGAAGAUCAGUUUCCAAAUUCUUCUCAUGGUGGCUCAUGCCGAACAGCUCAGUAUCCUCAUAGAGACUUAUCCCCAAUAUUGUCAAGUGGAGAUUCAGACAUUGCCAGCCCGUUGUUACAGACAUAUGUCCAUAUUGAUUUAAGUGCCCUAAGUGCAGAUCUUGUGAAAGAAAUAGAGCACAUGGUUAUUGGGGUGGACCGUCUUAUAGUGCACUUCAAUAAAGUAAUAGGAAGAGGACACUUUGGAUGUGUGUAUCACGGUACCCUUUUAGAUACUGGUGGGAAGAAAUUGCAUUGCGCAGUGAAAUCUCUAAACCGUAUUACAGACAUUGAAGAAGUUUCCCAAUUUCUCAAAGAAGGCAUAAUCAUGAAAGAUUUCAGUGAUCCAAAUGUUUUGUCCUUGCUGGGCAUCUGCCUGCCAACAGAGGGUUCUCCCCUGGUAGUUCUGCCAUUCAUGAAGCAUGGAGAUCUCAGGAACUUUAUCCGAAAUGAAUCCCAUAACCCAACAGUGAAAGAUCUCAUAGGAUUUGGUCUACAAGUUGCAAAAGGGAUGGAAUAUUUAGCAAGCAAAAAAUUUGUACACAGAGACCUUGCAGCAAGGAAUUGUAUGCUGGAUGAGACGUUCACGGUCAAGGUAGCAGACUUCGGUCUUGCCAGGGAUGUUUAUGAUAAAGAAUACUACAGUGUUCACAACAAAACUGGAGCCAAACUACCAGUGAAAUGGAUGGCCCUGGAAAGCCUGCAGACCCAAAAAUUUACUACAAAAUCUGAUGUGUGGUCAUUUGGCAUACUGCUGUGGGAAUUAAUGACCAGGGGGGCGCCACCCUAUGCGGAUGUAAACUCUUUCGAUAUAACUAUAUAUUUACUACAAGGAAGGAGACUUCUACAGCCUGAAUACUGCCCUGAUGCACUGUUUGAUGUUAUGUUGAAAUGUUGGCAUCCAAAACCAGAGCUACGUCCAACAUUUUCUGAACUGGUCUCAAGAAUUUCUUCCAUCUUUUCAACAUUCAUUGGGGAGCAUUAUGUGCUUAUCAACACUACAUACGUCAACAUAAAAUGUUCUGCUCCCUACCCUUCUCUAUUACCCACAGAAGAAAACACAGAUUUUAACCUUGAUACGUGAUCCUUCCAUUUUUUUAAGUGACUUAUAACUGAAUCUCUUAGGAUAGAUUUUCAACUAGAAACAAAAUAUUUGUUCAUGUUCUUCUUCAAUGUGUUUGUCAGCGCUAGUGGCGCUGAGCUCAGUUUUGUUUUAUUGCACUAGAAGCAGAACUUUAUUAAUAAUGACAACUACAGACUGAUGUCCGGAGGAUGGUACAAGAUAAGCAACAUUUUUUACAUGUUUUUCUUUGUUUUAUCUUUAAUUACCAUAUAUUCAACACAAUACAUAGAAAAUGGCCCAUCGAGUCAAAGAGGACAAUAUGCUCUAUGGCUGUUCUUGUCAUUGUGAGUUUUUUUUUUAUUUUUUUGUUUUUUUGUGUAUGUCUAGCACUUUUAUCUAAGCAAAAACUGCUACCUUAAUAUGUGGGUCGAUAUCCACAAUCACUGAAGAAAGUUGUGGAUAAUAAACACAUAUAGCGGAAGAAGACUGAAUCAGAUUGCUAUAGUUUUAAGCAAGUAUCUGGAAAAUGCAACACUUCAAGAGAACAGAGGAAAUACAUGAAAAUGCCAUAGUGGAAACUUGGAAGGCAAAGAAAGAAGCAAAAGGCAUAUCAACUGAAUAGGUGGUGGAACAGGAUACCAUUUGGAAGUGAUCUCAGUGGCACACCAGAAGAUGAUUCAUUUUGUCCUAUGAUGUUAUGAAAACCCAUACUGGACCAAGAUUAUAUGUCAGGGACAGUAGUCAUGACUCAAUGUGUGUAAUGCCAUAGUAAAAUUCCUGUUUAAUGCCAAACUUUUGGUAGUCAAUAAAUAAAAAUGUCAAUGGAGAGUAGAGUUAAAAUUCUCUGGCAAUUAGGAAGAAACCAAAGUAGGGCAAGCGUAUACUAAAAGAGAUCUGCUAGAAGACAUGCGAAGUGUAUAAUGUAUAAAACUAGGAAAACCAGCUUUUAAAAUCUGUUGAGAUACGAUUGCUUUCACUUAGAAUCCUAAGCCUAUGUUCAUACAGUGUUUUUUCAGGCAUGUUUCGUUUGUAAAAAUGCAUCCACAAAAUUGCAGACAAACAUUUUACAUUUAUAACAUUCGUGUGCUCAAGGUAAGUCUUUGGGAAAGUGGUUGUCUGGGCACACAAUGGGGAAGAUUUAUCAAAACCUGUGUAG